AUGGAGUCACCACUCCCUCGCCGAACCUCCGCGAUCGUAGCUGUAGCCUCAUCGUCGUCAGCGGGCUCGAAUCCGCCCAGCGCGUGCACGCCCCCAUCCGCCUCUCGCCACCUCAAGAGGCUCUCCCUCAGCACCUCGACCUCGUCCCUUUCCUCCCAGACCUCGUUUGACUCGCCUACAUUGGCUCGGACCAGCAACGGCUCUCGAGCCUACACGUCGCAUUCACCUCACACCCCUCAUCGCUCAACUCAGCACGCAAGCGGUCCGACUCGGUCAUCACUUUCUUCGCACCCGAGUGAGUUCGACGAAGACCUCGAAGAGGAUCGCGACUCGACACCGCUGGCCUCAGUCUCGGCCGCGUCCGACUCCUCAUCAAAACCAGCAUGGAACUUUCCUUCCCCGAUUCCUGCCUCGUCGACCUCGGCCCCUUCGAGCGCUCAUGCGCCACGGGUCGCUACCAUGGGCGGGCCGGCCGCUCAUCAUCGACCGGGUCCGCGCUCACGAAGGGGAACUAGCAUCUCCUACAGUUCCAGUUCAUCUCUUCUCUCGCUCGACCCUCAUCUCUUCAACGGGGCGAGUUUGACUCAGGCCGUAGGGGCUUCCAAGGACAAUAUAGGGCUUGGGUUGGGACUCGAGUUGGGUUCGGGGACAAUUGGCGUGGCCGAGAACGAUGAUGGGUCGGACGCGACAUCCUCGGCCUCGACCUCACCCCGGCAAUCGAGGAGGAAUAGCAGCUUGUCAACGAGUGUUUCAUUCUUGUCCCCGACGAGAUCAGCCAGUGGGAUGACGGGCUUGUCACGGCCGACCUUGACGGAGCAAAAUGCCGAUCUGCUGAGCUUCAUCGCCAAGAAGGAGCGCAAAUGUCUUGACUUGCGAGAAGGUCAGUCUCUUGAAUGCUCUUGCUUUCCUUAACAAUAAUUUGCCAAGACUAAAAUUCGUUCGAUCCACUCUCUGGCACAGAGCUCAAACGCCACGAAGCCGAACUCAAAUCGCUCAAGUCCAAAUGGGAAUCCAUUGUCGCAAAAUCGUUGCAUUCUCCGACGGCCCCACCCACUUCAGCCUUCCCUUCCCGUUCCCCGAACCUUGCCGAUCCAGGUAUGCCAAGAGGCUCUUCGCACUCCUUCGACAUCCAUCUCCUGGCCUCGACCUUCGAUCCGACGGGGGACGAGGCACUGGGCUCGGUCCAAUCGGCGAACUUGUCUUCAGUCUCAUCGCCAGACGUAGGGGAGAGCGUCCAAGCGGCCAAAGCCUGGGUCGGCGGCGUCUUUGGUCGCGUGAUGAGCACCGUCGACGAAACGCUCAUGAACGUCGUCGGAGCUCAUCCACCUUCUUCGUCUUCGUCAUCGUCGAUCUCGAGUAUGGCCUCGACGAGUUCGGAAUCGGGCGGACUCAGGGUUUUGAAAGAGGAAGAUGAGGACGAUUCGUUGGCGUCGACGAUCAUGUCGACUUCGACAAAGGAACUCGUCAUUGAGGAACUUCAACGCUCUUCUACCGCUUCAACUUCGAUCUCGACUGCAGUGGAGCAAGGCGAUGUCCCCACCUCAGCUUCGAAAGCCCGACCUCGAACAACACUCGACGUCCUUUCCUCCGGAUGGGGCAACAUGUCCAAGCGGCUCUCCACCGUCAACAUCGGCGAUACGAUUCGGUCCUCGCAGAAAGCUGCAUCGGGGUUCGUCGAUUCGUUCGAGAACUCCAUCGUUUCAGCUUUGGGACCGUUGGACCUACCGCCUCCUCAUCCUUCUUUAUCAAUCCCUGCCACCGAGGACGAGGAGAAUUUCGCCGUCGUCAAAGGGUAUCGAAGACCUUCGAGGAGUACCAAAGAUCAUCCGAGGGCAUUGAGAGAGUCGAGUAGAGCGAACGUCGUCGAAUCGAUUGGGGUCGUGGAAGAGGUUGAUGAGGAAGGUGUCGAGGGGGGAAAUGCGCCAGCGGAGAAAGGUAGGCAUUGA